AUGGAUUUGGAGGAUGAUGGUGAAGAUUAUGUAGAUGGUGGAGAGUAUGCUGCGGACGAUGAGAUCUCCGCUGCUGACAGCGAUGCGGCGGAGCUGACGUGGAAGGACCUUAAAGUCACCUCGCCUGAUGGAAAAACGGUCUUACUCUACGAGACCUGCGGUCGCGUCAAGGGCCGCUUCCUGGCGAUCAUGGGUCCCAGUGCCAGAAGUACAACAAGGCGUUUUUGA